GCGCAGCUCGAGAGGAAGCGUCCUUUCCCUCAGGGACGGGAAACAGGGGUGGGGCCGCGCAGGCGCAGCGCGCGUGCCCAGAAGGCCCCCUUUCUCGAGGAAGCGACCGUUGGGAACCGUUAGCGGGAGCUCGCGCGCUCGCUCUCCCGCCUCCUUGCUCGCCCGAAUGGCGUCGCCUCCUCCGUAUUCGCGGCCUGGCCCUCCCCGCGGCCGGCCGGUGGAGCUGCUGGUGGCCCACCUUCCCCCGAGGACCUCUGAGGGGGACGUGGUGCGGCUCUUCGAGGAGGCCACGGAGCCCGGCGAGGUGCGGAACGUCAUUUUCCGCGGGCCAGGCGCCGUGGUGCGCAUGCGCGACGAGGCGGCGGCCGAGCGGGCCCUCGAGGAGCUCUGUGGCCGGCCGUUCCGCGGGCUCCGCUUGUCGGUGCGGCGCUUCCGGACCUUCAAGAUCUUCGUGGGCCUGGUCUCGGAGCACUGCACCAGCGAUGACCUCCGCGUCCUUUUCGAGGACUUCGGGCCGGUCGUCGAGUGCGCCAUCGUGAGAGACUACGCGUUCGUUCAUAUGGUGAAUGAAGAGGAUGGCAGAGCCGCCAUUGAACACCUCAAUGGAAUGGAAGUCAAAGGCAGGAGAAUUGUUGUAGAAGCCUCUAGAGUUCAUAAGAGGGCUCCUGGUUUCGAGGAGGAGGAGGAGGGCAGAAGGAACAAAAACCAACCCCCGCCCUACCGAGAUCAGCCUUCAGCAUCGCAUGAGAUGGAGUAUAGACCACCAGCAUCCUCAGGACGAACAUCUUACGGUGUCAAGAUGGCCUCUUCCCGCGAUCCCUCGUAUGAGGCCCAGCCCACCAGGCCUUCGGAUCCUCUCCUGAAAUCUUACGAGGAUGACCUGGCAUACGGUGCGUCCAGUGGCCACUCUUUCUCUGCGCAGUCCAUGUCCUACGGCCCUUCGUAUGGGGCUGAAGCUACCCGUAAUAAGCCAGGGGGGCACGCGACUUCCUACAAGGCACAGCUCUCUGAUUCCCUGUCAACGCGUGACAGAGGAUCAGUGGACACAAACUAUGCAGGACAGCUGCCUAGUAAAGUUUCCUUAGCAUCGGGUUACAGAGCUCAGCCAGCGCACAGCGGCCCGAUGCAACCUGCGCCGCAGGCGGCUUCAUCUUUAGGGGCAUCGCAGUCACAAACGGCGGCCCACCGUUUGCCGUAUGAGCGUGUUCGCCUCUCCCCACCCCGUACCACCCAUGAUGAUUACUACAGAGAAUUCAGUGCAGCAAAUAAGCAGUAUGCCCCUAAGUCAGGGUCGGCUGCUCUCCAUCAGCUAUACGAACACGUUCGCCUCUCCCCACCUCGUAUCAGCCAUGACGAUUUCUACAGAGGAGGUAGCGCAGCCAAGCUGAGGUAUGCGGCCGAGGCCGAAGCCGCUCCUCUCCGUCGACCCUAUGAGCGUGUACGCCUCUCUCCGCCUCGCAGCAACCACAGCGCUAAGAGGAGCCGUGAUGAAUAAGAGGUGCAAUUCUUGCUACAGAUGACCUGUGAGACAUCUGUAGGAUAUGUGAGAUUUCCACUGCUCAGCACACCACCACCACCACCCCUGGGCCUCGUGAGGUUUGCGGACAAAGCCGAAAGUGGAUUAUUGCCAUCUCCCAGAAAUAUAGUCUGAUUAUAUCCCGUAUGGUGGUGCCCGUGGUCAUUUUUACUUCCUUUGUUCACAGCAAUGUACUAGGGACCCAUUCCAUUGGAGGGGAUUCCUCCUCACCCCCCCACUUUCUCUUGCGAUCAGACUGGGUCCCCGUUCUGGUGCUUGUUGUUGCCGUCCACUUCACUUAAUCCCAGCUGCUGCAGCAUCAUCCUUGGCAUUUGAUUUCAAGAUAUUAUUUGGCUUGAUAUAUUCCCUCCCAUUCUUUACCAUGAGUUACCAACAGCAGCUGGUCCCUCUCGCCUGUGUCUCCUCUUCUGUUUUCUUCUCUGACAUGUAAAAGACGUGUUAUGUACUUUUCAUGAGACAAAGAGAGGUCCGAGAUGAACCGUUUCCUGCAAGAAUCGUUUUGAGUCACCAUCUUAGUUUUAAUUGAGUUUCCAUGCUUGGGCAAUUUUAAACCAAGAUUCCUGGUCAAAGAAAACCACAUGGUGAACAAUACAGGGAUGUUGGUUCCUUGGUUUAUUUUUGUAUGCGAAAAAGAACUGUUCUUUAAUUGAAACCUUUGCUUUAAUAUCUUUGCUGAUAGAAUCUGGUCAGCUCCUUUGAAGAGCAUCCUUCAUGAAUUUAUCCCUCUACUCAGUAUACAAGUAAAAUGUUGUGUUCGCAAUGCAUUCAGAUUGAUUCGUAUUUUGUAUUGUAAAUAAAACCAAGGGCUGACUGUCGUUUUACAAAA